AUGUCCAACAUCGGCUCACCUCCAUCUCCUCCGUCGUAUGACUCGGUUAGGUCGGGUCAGAAGUCAUUUGCCCUGCUGACAUCAGAGGCUCUGGAUGAUGCCAAUGAGAUCAAAGGAUGGCCGGAACAACCCCAUAAGCUACGAGAUAGAUCAGUCCUGUCCAUACUAUUCAGUGUCGGCGAAGUCUUGAUCAGAUUAGUUCCAGUAGCCUUUGUCGUACUCGCUGCUCUUGCCGCCAAGCUCGAUGGACAACCUAUUGAACAUAAUGGGCUCGGACGAAAUGUCAAGAGGAUCACCCAGNNCUUGUAA